GCGCUUGUCACAUCUUUGAGCACUUCUUAGAAAAUUGUGGCAGUGUUUAGGGUAUAAUGGUUGUUUGGAAUUGACGCAGCAAAUAGGUUGAGGGCUUUGUCGUCGAAGGCUUUUCGGAGCAUGGAAAACAAAUCGGAGCCUGUCGGCAUUGCCGCCCUUGGAAAAGGAGAAACUGAUGGAUCCCAAAACAGAGCUGUGGGAAAUGGAGAAAGUUCGGACCAUCAAAAAGAAAGAAAGACAGACGAGCCAAAACCACAGACAUCAGACGAAAGUUGCCGCAAGAGAAAAGUUAAGCUUGAAAGCAGUGAAAAAGUUCACAAAAGAAAACGAAUGCUUGUUCAGCGUUUGAAGCUGAGGUCUUUAAGGAAGAAAAAUGAAGCGGCUAGAAGAAGUGCUCAGCAGUACGGUCCAAGUCUCACAGACUUGUCAGACGAGUUGCUGCUGGUGGUGUUGCGUUCACUGCCACCUCGUGACGUGCGCUCUCUUGGGCAAGUGUCAUCACGGUUUGUUAAUGUGGUUGCUGACCAUACGUUGUGGGUGUCUCCAGACUUCCGUCACCAGAGAGGAUUGUCUUGUGAUCAGUUCUGUGAGCAGUACUUGCCAUUCUUAGGCCCGUGGACAACUUCGGUGGCUACUCGAGGUCCUCUCUUGUCUCCAGAACCAGCAAGCAGACUACUGCCACGAGUUGGCGACUACUUGUCGGCGGAGUUCGUCGCCAGACUGGAGGCGCGCUGUCCGAACCUGAAGGCGCUGGUACUGCGGGACCACCGCAUCGACGCACGUGAGGUCUGCCCGGGCACGCUGCCGCGCCGCCUCGAGCGCCUCUCCUUCCGCCGCUGUGGCCUGGUGGGCACACAGCCGGGCGACUCGUACUUCUCGGGCUUCCACACUGCACUCGCCCACCUGCAGGAACUGGAGCUCAACAGGUGCCCAUGGUUCUACUCACACUCACUGAUGGCACUGAGCAAGUGCGCUCACUUGAAGGUACUCCGCAUCACACAGUGUCCCGGCAUCGUCGACUCGCUCCCGUACAUCAGCCUUUCCUGCCGGUUUGGCUUCAAGAGCUUGGAGGUGCUGGACUUGAGGCAGACACCGGUGGGGGAUCCGGAGGUGAUGUGCUUCAGCCAGCUGCAGCGGCUGGAGGAGCUCCUGCUGGAGCGGCCGGGCGCCGUCGCGUCCGCCGUCGCCGACAGCUCGGACUCGUCGGACGGCAGUGACGCCGAGCUGCUGCCCUGCACCGCGGGCGCUUCCGCGGCCGGGCGCUGGCCCGUGCCGCGCUGUCGCUGCGGCGAGUCACCGCCCGAGUGGGGCGGCGGCAGCGGGGCCGGGCGGCCCUGCUACGGCGGCGCCAACUGCGGCUGCUGGGGCACCGGGGGGCGCUGCAGCCCGCCGCCCGACGACGUGGACCACCACCAGCACGCCCACAGCAGCUGGCACCACGAGGUCGGGCACACGUUGCAGGGUCGUCAUCCAGGAGUCAACUGCGUGGACUGGUCACCGAGCUUGAUGGAGUCUGUAUCUGACACUGGGAUCUGCUCCCUGGGGAAGGGCACACGCUCCGCUCCGGGCGUGGUCGUCGUGCGGAUGGUCGGCAUUGCCCUGACAGAGCACAACCCGCGCCUCCGGAAGCUUGUUGUCCGCGGGUUCUCAUACGUGACUGAUGCGAGUGUCCGCUACCUGGCCCUGGUGAACACACUGCGCCACCUGGACCUCGCGGGCUGCGGAGUGACACGCCGUGGUCUUGAGGCGUUUGCUGCUCUCCGCCCUGACGUCGAAGUUGUGGGACUGCAACGGAAGAGAACAGAAUGGGAGGAGUACAGGGACCGGAUCGAAGGGUCCCUGGCGGACAAGGCGGCGAGGGAUGUGGCGAUACCCGAGAAUACGAGGAGUGCCGGCCACUCAAAGACGUCACAGAGGACGGGCUGAGAACCGGCGCAGGAGCAGCAGGAGGCGGAAGGGCGCUGAUAUACUGUGCCGCUCCUGCUGCUUCUCAGAGGACUGCUUCGUUUGCUGUACACCAGUAUUACUUGCGGUGGACCACAUAGCGGCUGACUGGGCCAGAAUACUCCCAGAUGUGUGUAUUCAGUGCUUUUUCUCUGUUUUUCAAAUUAGUGCAUCACAUUUUCGCUUUAUAGCACUUUGUAUUUCCUGUGUAAAUCGUCAUCUCAAAAGACUGUCUGUUUGACAAACCUUUACAAGUUGGAUGUCAACAGCACACUUGAAACUUGUGCCACAAAAAUAUUUAGUGAAGAACAUAUGGCUAGUUGUUUUAUGUUUACAUUAUACUAACAGAUGUUUUACAUACACAGUGUUAAAUGUUUUUUGUGCACAUGCUCGUGUGUGUGU